UCUCCAGUCCAUUUUUACAGACAGAAAACAUGGCACCUAUCAGUACCAUCUUCUUCUUCUUCCUUGAUGCUUUCUCUUUCCUUUUCAGUCCUGCAGGAUCAUUAGCAUUCCAUAUUCUUGCUUCUCAGAACUCUCUGGCUGUAUCCAUGCCUGAAUUGGAUUUCCUUCAUCCUGAGUUUCCAACCUUUCAACUCUUGCAAAUUGGAUAUACAGUUUCAUGAAGAGGUAAUUCCCAUCUUCAAUCAUUAUGGUAGUUCAUGGAAGGUCACACUCACACAGGGAGCUGCUCAAACUGCAGGCUUUUUGCUUUGGUGCUUAUGCCAUUUUACAGCAGAGUCUCUUCACAAACCAAAGAAAUUUCAGUUUCAGGCUUUCCCCCUUGAACUCUUUGUAUCUUAUGCUGCAUAUUGUACAUUUUCAUGCUAGGUCACUAUGAGAAAGACUGUAAAUCCUUACAUUUAAGAUUAAAGGUUCAGUUUCUUAAUAUGUCAUUUAAUUUGCAAAGUAGCUAUGUAGAUGCUUGAAUUUUUGUGUACUGCAGGUUGCUUUUUCAAUGUCUCUUGUCAAUAUUUUAAUCAUCAUUAAUUAUAUAUUAUUAUGUAUACGUGUACUUUUUUUUAUCUUGUAAAUAUAAUUUGAAUUUGAAUUUUUAUUUUUAUUAAAAAAAAUCUUCAAACUUUGACCCAAUCAUUUAAAAUAUUUUAUUAAUUGAGUUUUACAAAAAAUAUAUACUUAAAAAUUGUUUCAUUCAAAGAUUAUAAGGGUAUAAUUUGUUUAACUCUGUUAAUUAACAUUAACAAUAAGUACAGAUAUAAGCCUUACGACGUCGUUUUUAAGAAACAGAUUUCAACCGUUUUCCUUCGUCGUCAAAGUCAGAACUCGCGGAACUUUGCUUUCUUACAGUACUCUUCUUCUCCUUCUCUUCUUGUUUUAAUUGUCUGAAAUCUCAAAGGAUCAAAAGAGUAAGAAACAGAGAGACAGAUAUGCAUCUAUGGCCCUCGGUCAGAAUAAGGGAUUCAUUCAAAGCCGCUUAUCUAAGAAAACUAGAAUGGAACCUCCAUAGGAUGAAAUCAGAGAAACGAUCUUCUUCUUCUCCAAGGGCUCCUAGCAACCAACAAAAACUCUUAAAUGACCAAGAAGCUGCUGACCCAGCAUCUGCUUCUGCCGGUUGCUCCGCAAGUUUUAUUGUGAUUUGUAGAGAGAUUUCCAUGGUCCUUUCUUGCUGUUACUGUUGCUUCUGCUGUGGAGCUUGCAUUGAUCACGAAGAAAACUGAUGCAGUAUAUGGCGUGGUUUUGGGCACUGAUUCACUCCCUUGACCACAGCAUUGUACAAAAUAACAUAGGAAGAAACAAACUGUACAAUAUUUUGUACAAAUCGAAUACAAAUGACUCUAUACGUUGUAGUUGUAGUAGUCUUGUGACAAUCCUUGUUCUAUUGUUCUCUUAUCAGACAUGUAUAGUAUAUUUGAUUGUAAUAGGAGUAUGAUUGCAUUAAUCAGCAUCUUCAUCUCUGGUCUCAAA